GGACCUGACUGAUCGGUGCGCGGCGGCAGCGCGGCAGGCGGGAGGGCCCCAGGGAAAGAGUGGGGCUGCGGACAUCGAAAAAGUUCACGGCCGGUUUCCCGCGCUGUGUGUCGCCCGUCCGUCCGCUCUGCCCUGCCUGCCUGCCCGCCCGCCCGCCCGCCGCAGCGACCGACCGACCGACCCCGUCCCGCAUCCACCCCGAGACUUGCGAGAGAGAGAGAGAGAGUUGCGUUGAGGAUUGGCGCGCGCGCAAGAUUCACCCGUCCUCCCUCCCUCUCCCCGUCCCGUGUCCCGUUGUCUACACACCCGGGCCCCGUUCAACAACCAAGUCAUAUAUACUGCCCAUCAUGUCGGCGUCGAGUAGGGGAGCUGCUCUCCUUAGGAGCCAACAACGGUCCAUCUGCCUACAAUGCCGCAACCAAACCCGAGUACUUGCGCCCGCCGGCGUCACCAGCGCACCUAGACGUUUCUACUCCGCCGAGGCCUCUGCCACUGCCACUGCCACUGCCACUGCCACGACCACAACAACACUACCCCCUCCUCACCCGCCCGUCACCACAUCAACAGGCACCCACGCCGCCACCUCGACCUCGUCGCAAAUCUACCGCAUCAAGUCGGGCGUGAUCCUGACCCGCCCCCCGCUGCUGACGCGCGACCUCACCCCCUUUGAAGAAUCCUUUUACUUUUACCAGAAGCGCCUCAACGAGCGGCUGACGGCCCCCUUCCGCAAGGACUUUUACUUCAAGAAGGACACGGCCGCCGACCUGGACUGGCGCAUCAAGCUGAAGGAGCGCCACGGCGUGCCCGCCAAGGACAUUGGUCGGUACAACCCGCGCGGCCGGAUGGCGUGGAACGACGAGGUGCUGGUGGGGUCGCAGACGUCGUCGAGAAAGCACAUGGUGGAGAAAUUGCUUGCCGACGCGGAGAUGCGCGUGUCGGAGGAUGGCGAGGAGAUCCCCGCCGAGGACCGGGUCCCCGUCGAGAAGCCGAUGCCGAGACGGACGGAGGCGGAUGAGAAAGGGGAUGUCAAGCGGUUGGAUCGCGCGCUGGACAAGACGCUUUAUCUGGUAGUCAAAAAGAAGGCGGACAAGGAAGGCGAGGAGGCCAAGUGGAUGUUCCCUACGGGCGUGGUGCCUACGGAUGAGGGGUUGCAUGAGACCGCAGCCCGCAUCCUCGCCGAGUCCGCAGGCGUCAACAUGAACACGUGGAUCGUCGGCCGCGUGCCCGUAGCCCACCACGUCGUCCGCCCCGUCUUCGGCCAGAAGGACGGCGCCCUGCUCAAGAAGGGCGAGAAGAUCUUCUUCCUCAAGGGCCGCAUCAUGGCCGGCCAGGCCGACCUGACCGACAACCUGCAUGAUCUGGUCGACUUCAAGUGGCUCACGCAGGAGGAGCUGCGCAGCACGUUGGCGGAGGAGUACUUCCACAGCGUCAAGGGCAUGUUUGCUGAGAGGUGAACAACACAACACAACAACACCCUAUGUAGCCUGGUCUGGUGAAGUGAAGUAUGGAAGAACAAGGUUGGAGAGGUGAUGAUGAGUCGAUGGUCGAAGUCGGUGAGACUACACCAUUAUCUUCCGGGGAAAUAGAAUGGGGAAGUGCAGUGGGUGGCGGAAGAAGAAGAAGAGAGAAGCAUGUGUACAAAUGUAUUGAUAUCAAAAGAUGGUUUUAGUCGGUCGGUGGCAAGGUACAAUUGUUGUUUAUGCGCUGAGUAGACCUGGACCGCCCCCUAGCCGAACACAAUCAAAGGUCUCGAGGAAGAGAAUCAGAGAUGGUUUGGAACUUGACUUGACAGUUCAAAGGCCUCGCACGCCUCAGCGUACUUGACCAGGCCGAAGCCAAGCUCGCAUGCCAUGUCUGCAAGAAGCGGGCGAAGGCUGACAUGAAGCACAGGGACGAGAGAGGGUGUUGUUUGUAAUGUAAAAACAUAUGCUGUGUAUAGAGAUUUGGGAUGAAGAUGUCAUACAGGAUGCGAGAUGGUUGGUGAAUACUACCAGACAUCCGCUGGGUUGGUCAUACCGC